AUGAUAAAAAAUCCAAAUAAUAAAGAACCUAACUUACUUCAGAGAGUAUUAAUUAGGUUAAUGAAAUCUAAUAAUAGAUCGCUGGGUACUGUGUUUGGAGUACUUAGUGGUUUUAUAUUGGGAAUUAUUUUAGUGUGUAAAGAAUAUGAGUCAUUUCCUCUUGUUGGUAAAGGAUUACCUAUAGGAUAUAAAAUAGUGGGAAUAUUUUUAUCGGCUGGUACUGGUGGUAAUUUAAGUUCAUAUAUAGGGGGUACUAUAGAUAUUAUAACUGGUGAUAAAACUAUUGUGGAUUUGGUGAAAAUGAUUUAUUUUUUUAAUAAAAGAAGAUCCGAUCAAUUACACAGAAGCCAACUUAAUAAAAUAAAUAAUGAUGAUAUUUACAACAAUGAUAAUAUUACAGAAUUAAAAGAUGUUAAUAAUAAUAAUAAUAAUAAUAAUAAUAAUAAUAAUAAUAAUAAUAAUAAUAAUAAUAUAGACUCACCAAUAAAUUAA